AAAAAUGAUUUAUCAUAUAUAGGACCUUUACAUUCUCGUUUGCAUAUUUUUCAGUCAUUCUUUUGAAACCCUAUUGUUUCUAGCUCAUCUUUUUCUUUCCUCUUCAGGAUUAAAAAGGUGUUUGUUUUUCUUCCCCUUUUUCAUCUGCUCUUACUUUUCUUUGGGAUCUGAUCAUUUUAUGAGGACCAUAAGGUUUUAUGAGAGUUAGAGUUAUUCAAUUCCCGAGGUGGGAAUUAGUAUAAGAAUAUAAAAAACCCCUCCAAUAUUGCUUUAUUAUGUUCAAAAGUUGAAAGAGAGUGAGAGCCAGAAACAAGCAUUUUUUACAUAUCCUUUUAUAGUUACUUUGAUUGAUCUGGAUUCUGAAUAGAAGAGUUGAAAGAAUCAGAUCAAGGGAAGAACAACUCUAGAGGAUCAUUAUAAAGGUCUUGAUUUGUGGAGGAAAGACAUGAAUUCGUUUACACAUGUUCCUCCAGGGUUCAGAUUCCACCCCACGGAUGAAGAAUUAGUUGAUUAUUACCUCAGGAAAAAGAUUGCUUCAAAAAGAAUCGACCUUGAUGUCAUUAAGGAAAUUGACCUUUAUAAAAUCGAGCCAUGGGAUCUUCAAGAAUUGUGCAAGAUAGGAACUGAGGAGCAAAGUGAUUGGUACUUUUUUAGUCAUAAAGACAAGAAGUAUCCAACUGGAACUCGUACAAAUAGAGCUACAAAAGCAGGAUUUUGGAAAGCUACUGGAAGAGAUAAGGCUAUUUAUCGUAAGCACAUUUUGAUUGGAAUGAGAAAAACCUUGGUAUUUUAUAAAGGUCGAGCACCAAAUGGACAAAAAUCUGAUUGGAUAAUGCAUGAGUACAGACUUGAAACAAAUGAGAAUGGCACUACUCAGGAAGAAGGUUGGGCUGUAUGUAGAGUAUUCAAGAAAAAAUUAGCAACAACAAUGAGGAGAGAAGGAGAGCACGAGUCACUAUGUUGGUAUAACGAUGAUCAAGUUUCUAAUUUCAUGCCAGAUUUCGAAUCUCCACGUCGUUUUCCAAAUCCAUAUUCUGCAACUGCAUACCACAAUCCUCAGUUUGCUUACACCAAUAAUAUGCAGCAGCCUCCUAAUGAUGCAUUUCUCCAACUUCCUCAAUUAGAGUCACCAAAAGUACCUCAAUCCUAUGGAAGCAACAUGAAUCAAAUGGUACAGUCCAACUCAAUUUAUAAUACACAUAACAACAACUAUGAUCAUCAAGCAGUGGAUCAAGUGACCGAUUGGCGAGUACUCGAUAAGUUUGUUGCAUCUCAACUAAGUCAACAAGAUGGUUGCAGCAAAAUGGAGACAUCUGCUGCUUGCUGUAGCUCUCCUGCUUCUGAACAAAUGAAUCUGCAGCUUCAAAAUGAUUUUAAGAGUCAAGAAAUGGCUUCAGAACUUGCCUCAAGUUCUCAAGUUGAUCUCUGGAAGUAAUGCUACAUUAUAAGUAUAUGCUAAAUCAUAGAAAAUAUAUGAUGAUUGGACUUAAUAUACUUAAUUGCCUCAGUUUCUGUACAUAAUAAAACUCAAAUGUGAUGUAUUAUUCGUCGACAUCCUACUAAAAGUUUGUAUGUUCUAUAUGAGCUAGGCAACAAGUAUUUAAAAUAUUUAAAAAAAAAUAAUUAAAGAGGACCUCUAAUACGUAUAUAAAUUUGUUAUUUUUAAGGCAAAAGUAAGCUGUCACUCUUCUGGCAUUUCUGGGAUGUUGGAUAAUGUAUUUCCAUUAGUGCAGCGCUCGUUAUUCUACUACUUUCUUUUUUACAAAAAAAAUUACGUAGUUUAAUUUGGACCAUUCUUGAUUUGUUGUAUCAUUCUUGUACACAAGUUAUGCUAAUAUUCUUUGUAUCUUUCCAAUUUUAUCGAUGUCUCUGAAGGGGCGACAUUGUUCUGCUUAUGAAAUUGAGUGAUCUCGAGAAAUCUUAGUGUGAUAUAUUUACUUGAGCUGAGGUCUGUUAGAAACAGUAUCUCUAUCUUCCCAAGGUAGGGGUAAGGUCUGCGUACACACUAUUCUCCUUAGAUUCCACUCGUGAGACCGUACUGAGUAUGUUAUUGUUGUUGUUGGAUUGAAAGGUUGACAAUGCUAGCUUUUCCACCAUAAGCGUAAAAAUUUAAAUGAAUAUCUCCUGCUUAUGGAAGCAAAGAAUUUAUUGGGAAAGGAGUAUUAUCACUUUUAAUCCGCACCAGAAAUUAUUUAUAUCUAGUAGCCGAAAAAAUAUAUAACAUUUUUAUAUUUUUGUAUAUAACAUACGAAGUGUGUGUAUAUAUAUAUAUACAAAUUUAUACAUUUUUUCGGAUAUUAUUUUUACGACGACUAUACUGUGUCAUUUCCUCAUUGGGAAAUACUAAGCUGACAAUGAGAACCUCCCAUUUGGUCUAAUCCAAAGAAGAAAUUGAUCCUGAUGACAUUUCUAAAUAACAAUUCUAACUCUCUGCUCUCUCGAGUCUCACUGUCACCUAUUUUCAAAAAGGGAUGUAUUGAAGACAAAUUAAAUAACUAAAAGUGUGCUAUGUCAAACAAUUAAACCUUUAAAUGAGACAAUUACAUAUACUUAAGGAUAUAUAUAACUGAACCUCGACAUGAGAAGUUCUUAGGAAGUUCGGUAACAAAAGUAUUCUGCUAGUUGUCAUAUGAUAUUUGAUUCAAAUAAAUGCAUGUAAUAGGUUGCAAACUUGAUCUCAAUGCAAAGAAUAGCCUGUUAGAAUAUACGCAGCGGAAGCAAGCAUACAAAUCAGGCAUCAAAUACAUGUGAACUAGACAACGUAAUAAUAACAAGAUUAGAAAC